UAAGUCAAAAGCUUGCAAAACCUUUCAGAAUGUAUUUUAAAGUCUACUGGAUAAUAUUUGCAGUCAUCAUUCUUGCUGCGAUUGCUGUCGAAGCACAUCGUUACAGCUCUUCUCAGGAUUAUUAUGAUUACUAUACUAACUCAACUUAUGGACGACGCAAUGGAAAGAACAGGAAGAACAGAAACAAACAACAAUCUCAAAAGCAAAGAAAUACCCAACAAGGAAGUAGACAAGGUGGACAACAAGGCUCUAGACAAGGCGGUGGUCGUCGACAUACUACAGCCAGUCCUUAUGUUAAUCCUUAAAAAUUCUUUUUUUUCUGUGAAAAUUAAAAUUAAAAUGAAAAAUAAAAAUUAUUUAUUUUGAUAAAAUGG